UUGUAUUCAUUAUGCAUCAUCUCACUAUGCAUUUCCGGGGCAUUCUCUCAGAUAAAAGUGAGAAAGCUAUAUCCACUUCAAGACCCCAAUAGCAAGGGAACCAAGGAACUGAAAGACUACGACAUGCUCAAGCCUCUGCACGAGGAUGGGAGCGACUUCUCAUGCAAAGGGUAUCAAUGGAACACUCCAUUGACGCCAGUUGCGACAUACUGUGCCGGAGAGAUUUAUGAGCUGGAAUUAAAAGGUGGAGCAACGCAUGGACGGGGGUCCUGUCAGAUUGCCCUGUCCUGUGAUAAUGGCGUACAUUUCCAAGUCCUCAAAUCGAUUAUCGGAGGCUGCCCCGUGAGGGGAAAGUACAAUUUUAAGAUUCCGGACAGCGCGGAGAGCGCACGGUGUUUGCUGGGUUGGACCUGGUCCAAUAGAGUUGGGAAUAGAGCGAUGUACAUGCAUUGUGCAGUUGUUGAUAUUGUUGGAGCUCAGGAAUUGAAGAAGAAAAGGGAUGUCGAGGACCCCUCGGACUCGGAAGCCUCGAAUAGUGUUCAGACUGCUCUUUCUAUGCUUCCUAGUCUAUUAGUUGCGAAUCUGAAGGGUGUCAACGAUUGCAGGACAAAAGAGAUCGUAGUCGCGGUGUCCCCUGACCCUGGAGAUGAUGUCGUCUAC